AUGUGUAAUAUCGAAAAGUCUCAGGAAACGGACGAGGAAAAACACUACCCGGAAUCGCCAACACGAAAGGCACUUCUCAUCUUGUGGGCGGAGAUACUGUCACGAACGCGAAUAACACUACCAGCUCGAUGUAAAAAAUGCCCUCACCUGCAAUGUUUCGAUUUGUACAACUACCUGCAAAUGAACGAGAAACGUCCAACAUGGCGAUGUCCUCUGUCACGAACGCGAAUAACACUACCAGCUCGAUGUAAAAAAUGCCCUCACCUGCAAUGUUUCGAUUUGUACAACUACCUGCAAAUGAACGAGAAACGUCCAACAUGGCGAUGUCCUGUUUGUAGCGAUUGGGCACCGUACAAGCUGCUCAUUAUUGACGCGUAA